GUUGAAUUCGAGAUAACAGACUAAAAAGAUUCCUCGGCUCGCAUUGCAACUAUUUUAAAGUGAGGCAAGUGUAACAACAUUCCAAUAAAUAGUCUAUAUAAAUAUACAUAUAUAAAGUGAUACACAAAUUAAGUAAAAUUUUUAAUAUUUAUAAAAAAAAUAUAAAUAAAUAUAUUUCUAUAUAUUCAAAAAAUAUUCUAUACACACAUAAUACUUUAAAAAUUAUAAAUAAAAAAUCCACCGUUCAAUUCUGUAAAAUCCUUUUGCGUGCUUUUGCAUCAUUACUUCGGCUUUUAAAAGAAGAGGAAGUUAAGUGUUUGAAAAAAAAUUUUUUAUAUAUAGUAUAAAAAUACAACAUAUUAUUCCAAUAUGGCGGAUGUCAUGGAGAAAAGCUCUAUUAUGGAAGCUGCGGCUCCUGUAGCUCCCACCGCAAAUACAACAAUAACAGCAGCAAACAUUCUAGAUGAUUCACAUAACAUUGUGAAACAACAACAAUUGGAACAACAACAACAACAGCAGCAACAACACCAACAGAAUUUGUUACAGGACCAAAAGCAGCAACAACAACAACAGCCACCACCAGCCCAAUUGCAACAAACGCAAAUGGAUGUUAAACAACAACAAAUGCAGUCACAAGCAGAACAAAAAGAAGGAGACAAUGAUAGUGGCGUUGAUGAAUCAACUCAAGAAAAGGAGCGCAACGGUCCUGGUUCACCAAGUUCACCAGUUAAGACACCAACAUCAACUUCAUCAAAACCAGACAAAACUGGUGCUUCACGUCCACCCAGUGCAACACCAUCGAAUAAGUCGAACAAGUCACGUAGCACUUCUCGAAAUCGUUUGUCAUUGAAAACUCCAGAACCGGAACCUUCAAAGAAAGUUCCAAUGAAUAAAGUUCAAGUUGGACACGCACCUUCACCAAACUUGAAGGCGGUACGCUCUAAAAUUGGAUCUCUUGACAAUGCAACUUACAAGCCCGGCGGUGGCAAUGUCAAAAUUGAAACGAAGAAAAUCGAGAUUAAAGCAACUCCCAGAAUCGAGGCUAAAAAUGAAAAGUACGCACCCAAAGGUGGCGAGAAGAAGAUAGUCUCAACUAAGUUGCAAUGGAAUGCCAAAUCAAAGAUUGGUUCAUUGGAGAAUGCUCACCAUAAGCCUGGUGGCGGUGAUAAGAAAAUUGAGGUCAUUAAAACUGAUUUUAAGGAUAAGGCUAAGUCGAAAGUUGGCUCCAAGGAUAAUGUUAAGCAUGCUCCUGGUGGCGGUGAUAUUAAGGAAAACGAUGGUAAAAAUAUACAAACCCAAAAACUAGAAAUUAAGGCACAAAGCAAAGUUGGUUCUUUGGAUAAUGUAAAGCACAAACCAGGCGGAGGAGAUAAAAAGAUUUUUGAUGAUAAGGAUUAUUUGAAAAAUGUUGAUCACUCUGUUGCACUGUCACCAACUUCACAGAGUCCGCAACCAACUUCAAUGACGACAUCCACAACUGGUGCCGAUGAAAAUUUGAAUCAACAGAGUUAAAUAUUUUGUUAAAAACAAAAUUAAAAAAAGAAAAAAUUUUAAGAAAAGAAAUUUUUUGAAUACAGAAAAAAACCAAAUAAUUGGAUUCAGUAAAUUG